AUGUAUCUGUAUAAAACCCUUGUCUCCUUCCUUGUCGCGUUGUCCCUCAUUGCGGGAUGUGCCAACGCUGCACAGCAGCCAGAGGAUAUUCGGAACGCAUGCGAUGGACUCGCAUCGGCUACUUACGGUCUCAAAGACCUGGUGCUGUCAAUGAAUUCGACGUCCAAGUCUGGAAACAUGAAAGACGUGUACAACCAAUUCGACACUAUCUUCGACCAAACUCUGGAAGAGGUUGGUGCCAUGAGCGGAUCUGCGGUCAUUCAGCAGCAGGAUUCCAUGCAGAUUGUUUACGAGGCUUUCUCGAAUUUUUUGGUCAGAGCUGUAACUGACACUGUUACCUUGCAGUCGUAUUUCUUCAAUCUGAUCGCCAUCUUCCCAAGCAACACCUCUUACAACCCGCAGGCCAGCGACCAGAAAGGCCAGGUCGACAACCACUUCCAGCAGGCUAUCGAUGCAUUCCAUGCCAUUCAAGGAAAUCCCCAGCUCACUGUGCCGCUCUGA